AGUUGCAGCCUUCCAUUCACAACAUGGAAGAUCUGAAACUCAUCUUUGACUUAACCAGAUCCAAACAUCAUGCGGAUGGACUGUUCACCAGCAGCUACAGCAAACUACUAAGUCAGCUCACUGCUACAAAUUAUCUGGAGUCACUGAUCCCCAAACGAGUCAAUGGUGACCUUAUGGAAAACCAGUCUCCUGUCAAACGCCACUCUGAUGCUGUUUUCACCAACAAAUACAGCCGCUACCGCAAAAAGAUGGCAGCCAAGAAAUGGCUGAUUGCCAUGCUGCAGGGAAAGAGGAGUGUGGAGGAACCUUCCUUGUUAGAGGUUUCCUUCAGUCCAGACUCCACCUCCUACCCGACUGCAGAGGACACUAUGUUUCACUACAUUAUCAAUCAGCUGACUCUGGUAGGUCACCUGUUUGUUUACAUACAUGACAUGAUAGAGAAACAGGGACCCAUUCCAGAAACCAUGGUGAUUUAUGCUACACAGCUAAGCUGCUUCAGAGCAGAUUAUGUCUAG